AUGCAAUGCAACGUAGUUCCCUGCAGAAAGGUGGCUAUCGCUCAUCAAACAUGCGGCGAGCGGACCCAGGCUCCCGACAACAUCUCAGAUGUAAUGUGCGACAGAUGCUACGAGAAAACACAACCAGAAAUACCUGCACCAUCUUUGAAGGACAAAGCAAAGUAUUACGCCAAAAAAUUCAGCCCCGGUGGCGGCUCUUCAUCUCAGCGUUCAUAUAUGCUUGAGCCGAUGCCCCUACUCGACGAUCACAAAGUAAAAGAGCUAUCUGAGAUUGGAAAUAAUACAUAUCGAAGCUUAUGGGGCCCUGCUCACGAUCAAUAUGUAAAUCAUGUACUAACUUGA